UCUGCGGCCGGCGGCGGAGGAUGCUGCCGCGGCGGCCACCGGACGACCUUUCACUGAGGCAGGGGCGCCACAGGGACCGCCAGCAGAGCCGCCACCCGCCACCAGGCAGUCGUGGUCCGGAGUCUCCCCGAGAAGGAUUCGCCAGCGCAUCUCCCCAGCAUUCAGCCAUGGUGACACUGCGACUAGUUGCGCUGCUGGCGCUCUGUGCGCUGGCCGCCGCGCAGAACGAGCAAAAGUCGAUUGCCGACUUCAAGAAGCCGUUCCGCGUCGUCGCCAACCUGAUUGUCGACGAGAACUUCUUCCUGCUGCGUGAGCUGACUGAGGAGGAGCAGAGGACCGGAAAGGUCGACCUGGAGGAUCCCUUCAAUGAGAAGAGCCGGCCGCGCACCACCACCACUACCACCACCACGACCACCACCACCACAGCCAGCAGCCGCUCCGCGCUGGCCGGGCGGUUCGCGCAGGACAUCUCCGGCCUCCUCCCGCCGCCCUCCUUGGCUGCCGCUCCCGCCGCCCCCGCCGCCCGCGCCCCCGCCAGGCCCUCGAGCUCGGGAGCGGGCCGCUUCUUCCCCCGCCGGCCCGUCGUCUCGCCUUCCGCCGCGGCGGCGUCCGCGAAGCCGACGCGUCGCGGAGGAGUGAGGAGGAAGGUCGUUCGUCUGCCGGCCCCGCGUCCCGUCGCCAUCACCACCACCACUGAGGCGGCGCCGGUCACCACUGAGAAGCCCACCAAACCCACCAGGCCCACCACCGCCGCUCCCGUCGCCCCGGUCGCCAUCCGCCGUCAGCCGGCCCGCGCCCCCGCCCCCGCCCUGGCCGCCCGCGCUCCCGCUCCCGCUCCCAUCCCUGCCCUGGCCGCCGACCUGGCUCCGGCGCCGGCCCUGACGAGGUUCGACGAGGCGGCGGCGGCCGUGAAGAGGAUUCCGGGCACCUCGCGACGGGUGGCGCGCGUGGAGUCUGAGCGCGAGAGCGACAUCAACUCGCUGCACCGCCGUCUGCCCGGUGGCUCGCAGACGGUCGUGCGGGACAUGCAUUCAUCCGACUUCAGCUGUAAGGACCGCGAGUACGGCUACUAUGCCGACAUGCAGGCCGACUGCCAGGUGUUCCACAUCUGCACCCCCAUCGUGCACCCGGACGGCUUCGCGCAGAACCUCAAACACAGCCUCUUCUGCAACAACGGCACGCGGUUCGACCAGCGCACGCUGACCUGCCGCGAUGAGGCGCUGGCCCUGCCGUGCGCUGAGUCCGGCGACUACUACGCCAGCGUCAAGUUCUUCGAGAAGUUCGACAUCUUCGAGCGCGCCCGCGCCGAGGACGAACAGAGGCGCACCAAGGUCCUGAGCCGGCUGGAGACCCUGGAGGAUGUGGAGGCGCUGGAGGCGCAGCUGCAGUAGCUGCCGCACGUCUGUGACCAGGGUGAACGCUGAUGAAUGCUGAAUGGAUGCAGCAAUGGAUGUUUGACGCCUGUGUGGUGGAAUGAAAGGUGCCGUGAACUUGAUACGUUGUGCGGUUUGUGCUGAUUGUCUACUGCUUCAAGGAACUUCCAAUUUUCUCACUGCAACAAUUUGUGCUGUUGGAGGAUUAUUGGUACUUUUUCUGCGCACGCGAGUUCAUGCCACGUCACUGAUGACGGUAGCGAAUAGUGAUGUCAAUUACGGAAAAUCGGAAUACCGAUACCAAACCAAAUACCAACCAAAACCACGGGAAAAUACCGAAACCAAACCAACUUGGGAAAAUGAGGGAAAUAUCAACUUUUUACCGAUUUCUUAGCCUGGUACACAUUAGUGAGGGUUUAUGAUACCAACAAAAUACCAAACACAUUACGAUUGAAAUACCAAAUACCAAGUUGGUAUCGGUUUGGUAUCGGUAUACCAAAAAGUUGGUAUCCGAUUGACACCUCUAGUAGCGAAUGUUCACAUCUUUGGUCCUUUUAUCGAUGCAAUGUGUUUGUUGUGGUGCACUGAAGGUGUCGACAAUUACCCUUGUUGCUGAGUGCGUGAGGGUCCGUGUACUGGUUUAUUUCUCUUGUUACGGAGGUGUCGCAGAACCUUACUUUGCUUGCCAGCUGGUUGAUCUAUAUUUAGCUAUAAAGAUAGUGACGUCUCCUAAACCUAGUUAUUUGUUUCGUAUCACUUUCCGUACCUUUUCCUGUAGUUCAACAAAUUAAUUCGGACAGGCAUGAGCCCAACAUUUUUUGGGGUGUGAUGGCUUGAUGUGAAUAUUGUUAAGGGUAUGAUUGGAAAAGGUGCACCCCGACAAGCGAAUGCUGUUUUAAGACGAACAUGUCAUGAAGUGAAACUUUUGUAAUAAAGACAAUGAAGAAG